AUGCUGACUCUUUACAAGAUAACCAUCCAUAUCUUGCUGGGCUUUUCUGACCACUCCACCGAACGAUGGAAUCCUCCCUACCGCUACCAAAAUAUUCUCUCCCCCGAUGCCGACGGCUUGUGCCUCCUCACCAGAGAUACCUCCAAGCUGCCGAACAUCGUCGAGUCCUUCGCUGUUGGCUCCGUAGGGAAGCCACCACACCGGACUGACCUCGGCACCCAUGGCCUCCAUGACCUCGACCACAGCAACCUCCACCUCUACACCGAAAACCUUAGCUUCGAGAGCUACAACAAUGGCGGGAUCGGGAUCGAAGAGAUUGGGGGGCGGAUGCUGGAGGAGGAUGAUCAAAGACUGGAGGCACGAUCGUGGGGGAGGAGGAGGAGGCUACGGUGGUGGAGGGUGGAGGCGAAGUUCCCACCACUGCUGUUGUGGCUAGUGGGGCAGAAUGGAUGGUGGAGCCGGUUCAUACAUGUGCUAUGGGAGGACUGUCGGAUCGUGCUCACGAAGAUCCGAAUCGAGUGGUCGGAGGUCCUCCGCACCUCCCACCAUGAAGAGAGAUGGAGUGGUCGACAGAUGAAAUGA